ACCUGUGUCAGGGCUUGGAGGUGGGAGGGAGCGGCAGGAGAAGCAGGGACAAGGCCGGGCCUGCCAGCCCAGGUGUGCCAGCCCUUGCUACGCAGCAAGUGGGGGAGGGGCAGAGGCACCUGAUCGCAGGUAAGUUGUCCUUAGGAAUAGAGUACACCUAGAUUCCAAUCCAAGUUCCAUCACGUACAUGAACAAGUCAAUGUAUUUAUCUCUCCGUUUGUGGAUCUGCAAAAUAGGAGUAAAUAUCCUACUCGUCUAACAGUUACAGUUGGGACAAGGUCCCGCCUGACUCCGUCCUGGGAAGUCCUUUUGAAGAAAUGGCCCUGGUGAGGGGUGGCUGGCUGUGGAGACAGAGCUCGAUCCUUCGCCGCUGGAAACGGAACUGGUUCGCUCUGUGGCUGGAUGGGACCCUGGGCUACUACCACGAUGAGAAUGCGCAGGACGAGGAGGACCGUGUGCUUAUCCGCUCCAAUGUUCGCAACAUAAAGAUCGGCCAAGAGUGCCAGGAUGUGCAGCCCCCAGAGGGCCGGAGCCGAGAUGGGCUGCUGACUGUGAGUCUCCGGGAAGGCUCCCGCCUGCACCUGUGUGCGGAGACUCAGGAUGACGCCAUAGCUUGGAAGACUGCGCUGCUGGAGGCGAAUUCCACCCCGGUGCGUAUCUACAGCCCGUACCAGGACUACUAUGAGGUGAUGUCCCCCAACGCGCACGAGACCACAUAUGUUCGAAGCUACUACGGACCGCCCUACGGACAGCCCUACCCAGGCCCCGGAGGCGUAACGCACGUGGUAGUGCGGGACGAUCCCUGCUACAGCUCGGGAGCCCCGCUGGCCAUGGGCGUGCUCGCGGGGGCGGCCACCGGUGCGGCGCUGGGCUCGCUCAUGUGGUCGCCCUGUUGGUUCUGAGCCCUGAGACUCAGCGCGUGGACCCUGCGCAUAGUUUACUCCUUGCCCCACCCCUCCACCCAAGCCCUGCCCAACUUUGGCCUCUUCCUCUCAGCCAUGCGAAGCUUGGAUCUCCCCCUCCUACUCCCCACCCUCAACCCCAACAAGGGAAGAAGCUACCAUCCGAGGCACAAACGUUAACUAAAAUCCUUGUCUCUACUGCCAGACACCCCAGAAAUCCAUUAUAGGCACAUGGAUAUAUUUGCCCCAAACACAACAGGGCACAAAAAACAACUGUGGCUUCAAGUUUCCCAGGUGCUGGAGACACAGAAGUCAGGUUCUUCCUGUGGUGGCUCCAGGCCUGGUGGGGGGAAAACAGCUGUACACACUUGACAAUGCAGAGUUAUCAGUCCUUUGACAGUAAGAGGGCAGAGAGUAAGGAAUGCAGGAUAGAAGUAAGGUUGUUGGCAAGAGUGCAGAGCCAUGACCAUCAUGGCAUAUAAAAGGGCUGGGGGGGGGGGGGGGAGGCAGGGGUCAGAUCAUUAUACCCCUCUAGGUUAAGAAGGUUGCUGAGUAAGGGGGAGAUGUGAGGUUUCUUCAGAGGAAGUUUCAUAAUAAAUGAAGAUAUUGCCUGUUGUUUUUUUAACACAUACCAAACCCAAAACACUGUACAUUUAGCCCCAUCCUUCCCACUACCAGCUUACUGGGUUCCCUGUUCCUUCAGUGUCCAGAAAACACCUGUUUCCCACCUGUUUGGGACCUCCAGCCCUAGGAUCCUCCAUCAGGAAAUGCAUUUCUGCUCCCCAGAGGCUUGGCCCUGUGCCCACAGCUGUGGCUAUCACCCUCUUAGGGUUUGUCUCCUCCUUCACUCUGGGGAAGAUGGCAGUGUUCACUUCUGGGGCAUAAUCUACCUUUGUCUCAGCUCAGAAGGCCCCCCCACAUGUGCCUCCCUGCUGGUUGUCCGGUAGUCUCCCCAUUUGGUCUCCUUCCAGUCUCCUGUCCCAAUCACCACAGAAAUGCUAAUGUUCCUGCCCAGUAGCCAGAGUAGCCUGCAAAAGUUUCCCUGUAGAUAGGGGCUCCAGUGCCCUGCUGCAGAGACUAAUAAAGAUGUGUUGGCUCUA